CCGCAGUUGCUCAAAACUCACUGCGGAACAAGCAAAUUUUAAUAAAUAGGCAAGCCAAAUUUUAGCCUUUCCUAGGAAGAAGAGGAAAAAGCUCAUCUGAAGUUUUUCAUAUUUUUGGAGACUUCAAAUUGGCCAGCCAUUGAUAAGCCUGCAAGAACGAAGCCGUGAAUUGCCAAUAUCUCUGAACUUCCCCUUUCUCCCCUCCCCCCGAAAGGGGCUUACAUUGUAGACAACACAUUGCACUAGAGCUAUUCUAAAAAUGUCAGAGACAUCUUCCCAUGAAUCUUUCUAUGAUUCCCUAUCAGAUGUUCAGGAAGACACCAAGAAUGCUGAGUUCUUCCCUGAGCUGUCUGCCUUUCUCAGCCAGGAGGAGAUAAACAAGAGUCUUGACCUGGCUAGGGAAGCUAUAGCUAACUCUGAAUCAGAAGAUUUUGACUCAGAAAAGGAGAUCACUCACAUUUUAAAAACCUCUCCAUCAAGCCUCUAUGAAAAAACUCACAAAGAGACCAAACUGGAUGAGCAGAUGACUUCAGCAAUGCCUCAGGAAAACAGACCAACUCGAAAUCAGACUUUACCAGAACAAGAAUCCCUAGUCCUCCAAAACAGGAGCAUAUCUACACCUACUUCCAAGAGAAAACCCACUGGCUCACCUUUGCUGGCUGCCAGUCCUAGCUACAUUCGGAGCCUCCGGAAUACUGAGAGACGUGGUCCAAAGGCAGUAACCUCAAGUGCUAGGUCCAAAUCGGUAUAUCAGGGAGCCCUUGGGUCCCAGAGCCAACUCCGUGACAAGGCAGCUAAUCUGAUUGAAGAGCUCUCUUCCAUAUUUAGAGAGGCAGCAAAGCCAAGAAAUCUAAAUCUAAAUGGAGAGUCCUUAUCCCCAGAUAGUGGGUACCUGUCUCCAAAGAAUCAGCCAUCAACCUUAAACACUUCAGCCAGUCAGAGCCCGACUGAAGACCACCCAGAAAUGGAGACAGAAGUUAAAUUAUCAGCAGCUAACCACAUCAAUGACUACUGCCAGAAGAGCCAAGCUAUUGCUCAGUCUGGCAAUGGCAUCUUACAUAAACCACUUUGUGAUCCCAUGAAUCUCCCAGCUGCCCCUAGAUUCACACAGAAAUUGAGAAGUCAAGAAGUAGCUGAAGGGAGCAGAGUUUACUUGGAAUGCCGAGUCAUGGGCAAUCCAACUCCUCGGGUCAGAUGGUUCUGUGAAGGAAAAGAGCUUCAGAACUCCCCAGACAUCCAGAUCCAGUGUGAGAACGGAGGUCUCCAUACUCUAGUCAUCACAGAGGCUUUCGAGGACGAUACAGGACGUUACUCUUGCCUGGCUACGAAUCCUAGUGGUUCAGACACAACAUCUGCUGAAGUCUUCAUUGAAGGAGCCAGUUCAUCAGAUUCUGACAGUGAAAGUUUAGCUUUCAAAUCAAAAGCUGGAGAUAUGCCACAAGCCCAAAAGAAAACAACCUCCGUUUCCUUAACAAUAGGAUCAUCUUCCCCGAAGACUGGAGUGACUACAGCUGUGAUUCAGCCCAUCUCUAUUCCUGUUCAGCAGGUUCAAAGUCCUACUUCGUAUCUCUGCCGACUAGAUGGAGCCAAUUCUUCAUACACUCUUCCCAUUUUUACAAAGGAACUGCAAAAUAUAACAGCUUCAGAGGGACAAGUAGUUGUCCUGGAGUGCCGGGUCAGAGGAGUACCCCCAUUGCAAGUCACAUGGUUUCGGGAAGGUAUCGAAAUUCAGGACUCUCCAGACUUUCGGAUUUUACAGAAAAAACCUCGAUCCACAGCUGAGCCUGAGGAGAUUUGUACCCUGGUCAUUGCAGAGACUUUUCCUGAGGAUGCAGGAGUCUUCACUUGCUCUGCAAGAAAUGAAUAUGGAUCUGUAACCAGCACCGCAGAGCUAGUUGUCAACUCAGCCAACAUAGAAAACUGUGGCCCUGACUCCAUAAGACAAUCCAACAGUGAUGAUUUCCAACAUGAUCCACCUCCCCCUCCACCUUUAGAGAUCAGUUCCUUUGAGAUGACUCCAGAGAAACCUCCAGAGAGCCAGCCAGUGACCCACCCUGAGCUUGGACUAGGCAUGGCAGGCCUUCAACUGCAACUCAACUCUGCCAGGAGGGAAACCAAUGGCAUCCAUCUGAGCCACGGAGUAAAUGGACUGAUUAAUGGCAAAGCAAACAGUAAGAAAUCUGCCCCAAAGCCAGCUGCCCUGCUUUCACCCACAAAGGAGCCACCUCCGCUGCUCGCCAAACCAAAACUGGACCCUUUGAAAAUACAACAACUGCAGAACCAAAUUAGACUGGAACAAGAGGGAAGCCAGUGGUACCAUCAGCAGUCGAGCGCCCCACAGAACCCUCCCCCAUCCCCACCUUUCCCUCCUCCACCAUCUUUCCAAGAGCUUGAGGCUAGCCAAUCUGUCCCUUUCCCAGAUCAGAUGAAUGUUCUAACCUCUCACUCUUCUCCCAUCAUGCAGCCCUCCAGCUCCUUCAACUAUGCUAGGCCCAAACAAUUCAUUGCUGCUCAGAACAUCAGCCCUGCCUCAGGUUAUGUGACUCCUUCUUCCAGUUCUUCCACCUCCAGCCUCCCAUCUCCCAUGUCUCCAACUGCUACUCAGAAACAGUUCGGCCGUGUGCCUGUGCCACCCUUCCCUCAACCAUUUCCCUCUGAAGGGGAGUAUCUGUGGUCUCCUUCUUCACCCUCCCCACCUCCCCCUCCUCCCCCAGUCUUCAGUCCAACCACAGCUUUUCCCAUGUCUGAUUCCUUUCCACUCCCUCCUCCCCCUCCUCCACCUCUCCCAGGGUCAGGUCCCUCACCUUCUUACUGCCCUUCUCCAAAUGCUCGAUUUGGACACUCCAAUCAAACACCAGCAGCCUUCCUCAGCUCCAUGUUGCCGUCCCAGCCGGCUCCCAUCGCAGUCAAUGCAUUAGGACUUCCAAAAAGUGUUACGCCUGUGGGAUUUCCAAAGAAGACUGGCAGAACUGCUAGGAUAGCCUCUGAUGAAGAGAUUCAAGGCACAAAGGAUGCUGUCAUUCAAGACCUUGAAAGGAAGCUUCGCUUCAAAGAGGACCUUCUGAACAAUGGACAGCCGAGAUUAACCUAUGAGGAAAGAAUGGCUCGUCGACUGCUAGGUGCCGACAGUGCCACUGUCUUUAAUAUCCAUGAACCUGAAGAGGAACCUGCUACACAGGAAAUUGAGUCUCUUCAUGCUUCUUCUAUAGUGAAUUCUCAGGAUGGUCAAAAGGAGUACAAAGUCUCCAGCUGUGAGCAAAGACUCAUCAGUGAAAUAGAGUAUAGGCUGGAGCGGUCUCCCCUAGAUGACUCAGGUGAUGAAUCACAGCAAGGAGAUGGGCCGGUGGAGAAUGGAAUGGCACCAUACUUCGAGAUGAAACUGAAACAUUACAAGAUCUUUGAGGGCAUGCCAGUGACGUUCACAUGCAGAGUGGCUGGGAAUCCAAAGCCAAAGAUCUAUUGGUUCAAAGAUGGAAAGCAAAUUUCUGCUAGAAGUGAUCACUACAGCAUUCAAAAAGAUCCUGAUGGGACCUGCUCUCUCCACACCACAGCCUCCACCCUAGAUGAUGAUGGAAAUUACACUAUCUUGGCUGCAAAUCCCCAGGGCCGAGUGAGUUGUACUGGAAGGCUGAUGGUACAGGCUGUCAACCAGAGAGGCCGCAGUCCUCGUUCUCCGUCCGGCCAGCCUCAUGUCAGAAGACCCCGAUCUAGAUCACGAGACAGUGGAGAUGAAAAUGAACCAAUUCAAGAACGAUUUUUCAGACCUCACUUCUUGCAGGCACCUGGAGACCUCACUGUUCAGGAAGGAAAACUAUGCCGAAUGGAUUGCAAGGUCAGUGGAUUACCAACACCAGAUUUAAGUUGGCAACUGGAUGGAAAGCCAAUUCGCCCUGACAGUGCUCACAAGAUGUUGGUGCGUGAGAAUGGUGUGCACUCCUUGAUCAUCGAACCUGUCACAUCCAGAGAUGCUGGCAUCUACACAUGUGUAGCCACCAACCGAGCUGGGCAGAACUCAUUUAGCCUGGAACUCAUUGUUGCUGCUAAGGAAGCACACCAAGCCCCUGUAUUUCUUGAGAAGCUGCAGAACACAGGAGUUGCUGAUGGGUACCCAGUGCGACUGGAAUGCCGUGUUUCUGGAGUUCCUCCACCUCAGAUAUUCUGGAAGAAAGAAAAUGAGUCGCUCACUUAUAGCACUGACCGCGUGAGCAUGCACCAGGAUAAUCAUGGCUACAUCUGCCUGCUCAUUCAAGGAGCUACAAAAGAGGAUGCUGGAUGGUAUACUGUGUCAGCAAAGAAUGAAGCUGGGAUCGUGUCAUGCACUGCCAGGCUGGAUGUUUAUACCCAGUGGCAUCAACAGCCCCAGAGCGCCAAGCCAAAAAAAGUACGGCCCUCAGCCAGUCGCUACGCAGCACUUUCAGACCAAGGACUAGACAUCAAAGCAGCGUUUCAGCCCGAAGCCAGCCCGUCUCACCUGACUUUGAAUUCAGGCUUGGUAGAGAGUGAUGAUCUGUAGGUCCUGUGUGAUUUUCAAAACAGAAACACUGAAAGCCAUUGCCUUGACCAACCAUAUUCCUUUGUCACUUUAUGUAAAAGGUAGACACACACCUUUGACCACAUACAAGAGAUAAAGAACACCAUACCUUUACUUUUUUAAUUCACUAUUACACCCAGUGGAGAGUAUUAGUAGCUGGUAUUCAUAGAAAUGUACACCUUGCACCAAAAAUUCACAUUCAUCCAAUUUUUUAAUUUUGAGAAUUGCUGAGUAUCUUUGUCAGAAAUGCCAAAGCACUAAAGGAAACCAAUUGAGUGAAAGCAAACACAGUUUGCAUGUAUCACCAAAUGCCUUUAAACACAAGCUCACUAGUGCUUUUCAGCAUACUGUGAAAUGCUUAAUUGGAGGCAGUUGGACUACAAGUCAAAACUAAAAUAUGAUGCUAAAGUGGCAAUGCAUUGAGACAGCUACAGUGAACAAGUGCAAUAUGGUAGAAUCCAAAAGGACAGAAACAUCCAAGUAAACGUUUCCUUCUGCAAAUUGCUUCCUGUUAUAUCAUAGAGAAAAACUACUUGCCUUAGAUCUUCAUUGAUAUCGACAGUUUUCUAGCAAGGUUAAUGCCUUAGUUUUUGGGGGUUUUUUCCUAUGUAUAAUAUUUUUUCUCUUCCUGCCCCCUCCUCCCCCUGGGCUGGAAGCUUAUUUACAAUCCAUACUGAAAAAGGCUAAUUUAAGUACCAAUAAUUUAAUGUAUUUUGAAUAAGGUCUGAAGUGUAUAGUACAGUCUGUUCCAUGGAAGGAAUCCAAAUGCCCCCAUGACAACCAUGGCAUAUUAUUCUAGGAGGAUGGAUGGGGGAGGAGAAAGAAGGUAGUGGAAUACAAGAAUGUUCUGCCAUUGUGAUUGUACUGCAUUUAUUUAAAUGAACUGGAAAGAACAGGGAGAUGGUAAAGACCAGGUCUGUUUUUGUUGUUGUGAGUGAAUGAAUCUCAAAUUUAUUUGAAUAAAACACUACCAUUCACAAGUCUCAAAUGCUGGGGUCGGCUAGAAGUCUAGAAUGUGUAAGGAGGGAGUUUCAGUGUGUGUGGUAUUUUUGUCUCGUCUGAGAACUGGAACAGUAUAGAGCAAGUUGAAAUGGACCGAGUCUGUAAGACUGAUGGAAAUGGCAAGUAAGCACCUGUGGGAGCUGGUUUCAUGGCUACUUGAAGGAAAUAAAGCUUGGAGAGGGGCAAAAACAGACUUGUGUCAUAAUGUAUUUUACUUCAUGGUAUAUACGUGGUCAUGGCAAGUGGUGAAUAUCACUUUACUUCUCUGCUAUGUUAUAACCCAGUGACCCUCCUCUAAGAAGGGACUAUGUUCUAUGUAGUACAUGAAGAUGUUAGAUUAAAGGCUGCUUCGACCGCAAACUGGACUGGGCAGAUUCUGACUAUAUUUGGAGGUCUUAAUUCAGAACCAAGCCAUUUUAAUGAGGGAAAAAUAAUUAGGCCAAACGAGAAAACAUGAAGUUUUGAUGGUACUUUGCUAUGAAAGGAAAACACUGUAUUCCUUAUACAAAGCACAUAUAUCUUUCAUUAUUUAUAAUAAAAAUAUUGAAAUCUAUCUCAACUCAUUUAUUCAAGUUAUUACUUUGUUUUGUUUUUUUAAAGAAUUUUAUAAUUGUGUACCACCCCAUAUAUUUUGCAUUACGGCUACACAUGUAUUGCUUUGUACCUUUUUGUAAGAACAACCAGGUUUUAAGUGAUUGAUGAACUUUCGCACAUAGGAUAGCUAUUGAUCUCUGCAGAGUGAUGCCAGUUUUCUGACCACGCUCAUACACAUGGCUAAUAUGAAUUUAAGAUGCAGUACACGGUCGGUCCUGGAACUAUUCUACCUACACUUUAGAAAUAUUAUGUCAUGUAUCACUUGCCAAAUUUUUCUGAAUGUGACUUGCUAAUUUACUGGUUUUUAGCUUCACUAGCAUUAUUUUGCCACCUUUUAUUUGUAUUUAUAAAGAAACAGUGUACUAGCAUACUACUUUGGAUUGUCGUGUUGAUAUCAUGUGGUUUUAACAUCAAUAAAUAUUUAACAAGUAA